AUAUUGCUUUUAGACCCUAUAUUGCCUUUGUCUCUUGGGGGCCUUAAGAACCUUCAACUGUCUCUUUCUUGUCUGUAUACAUUUGGAGAAGAGACCAAAUAGAUUAGAGCUGUGUCUGUUCUUGUAGUUAAAGACGCUAAGGGAUCAAAUAAGGCGUGCUAUAUAUCCUAGAGCCAGAAGAUGCAGCUAAGAGAAUCAAUUCAGAAGACCAAGACGUUCUUCCACAAGACUUUCCAAAAUCUCAAGUCCCUCUGCUUUGGAGGGUAUCAAAAGCUGCCCAAGCCCUUCUCAUGUGCCACCAGCAGCACAAAGAAUCACCACACAGAUCAAUACUACACUGACUUUUGCAAUGAGUGGGAGUGUGAUCUAGAAAAGGCAAUGAAGAGGAAGAAGAAUGGUAUCCCGUUAUCAAAAGAAUUGGCAAGAGAAGAAGAUGGAUGUAAUGGAAGUUCCUUAAAGCUUCCAACGAGUCCACUGAAGAAGAAAGAAGAGGGAAUAAAGGAAGAGAAGAGCAAGAAACGUUUCCAUUCAAGAAACCAAGAAAAAUGCUCAGAUAAGAAGAAUGAAGGAGGUAAUGCACUAGCAAAAAAGAUGAAGGAAUUGGAAAUGAUUGAUGGGAGUGAUAUGGAACAUGUGUUGGAUGUAGAAGAGGCACUUCACUAUUACUCUCGUCUUAAAAGCCCAGUAUAUGUUGACAUUGUUGACAAGUUCUUCACUGAUAUGUACAAACAAUUCUCUGUUCCACAGCGGUCUGCCAGCCUCAACAGUUCAAAUCGAAGACUUGGUUCAAUUAGGAUAUAGAUGGAUGCCAAUGUUUGUGAGUUCUUCCUUGUGCAUAUGCAUUUGUUUCCUUGUCCUAAUUGUUCCUUUAAAUAUUACAAUGAAUGUAUCUUAUUUUGCAUUAUUGAUUUGAUAUGAUAUUCAGUUUCUGGAUUGCAAUUCUUGAUCC